ACAAAAGACAUAACCAGCGAAUCAGGACUGUCAGCCAUCCACAUCGCCAUGCCAGCCAAACGAGCACAAGCGCCCAUGGAUCUAGGAGACAUUCUACUCUACAUCGCAGGUACGUCGCGCAACAGCCUCAUCGUCGGUAAAAAAACAGAACAUGCAAGCGCUGAUCUCUUCCUGCCUUCCUUCGAUCAACCUUGUGCUCGACUUGUAGCCAUCUUCGUCCCCCCACUACCCAUCAUCGCCAAACACGGCUGCUCCGCACAGAUCCCCCUGAACAUCCUGUUGUGCAUUCUCGGUUGGAUCCCAGGAGUGAUCCAUGCGUGGGUGGUCAUCUCCAGAAACCCAGCUCGGCCGGAAUUGUACCCACCCGCCUACUGAGCUGAUCUAGAGUUGGUCAUGAGGCAAGAAGUAAGCCAGGCCAGAGUUUGACACUUCGCCUUGUGAUAGGUGCAACAGCUCAUGCGCGAUAUAGAUUGCAGAUCACCGGACUCGCCUCUAAGACACGAUUCUAGCAGGCCUUCGAGGUCUCCGGCCACCCUUCGAUAUUGCCUGCUCCUGUGAUUGAACUUUGUACCGGAUAGCAAAGUUGAGCUGUAACAAACUCGGAUAUCCUAUUCUCUUGACGAUACAUAUUAUGCUCGGACCCUGGUUCUCGUUGACCAGCAUCCCGGUUUGUUGAUGAAGAACCUUAUGUGAUCAUGAUGCGAAUUG